UUGGUGAAUGGUGAAGCGAAAUUUCAUAUUUUGACUAAAUUUCAAAUGUUGAUUAAAUAAAUAAGAUUUAAGUAAAAUAAUCACAAUGUCUGAAGAAGAUAAUAAAACUCUUUGGUGUGGUAAUCUAUCAGAACAAGUUAACGAAGAAAUACUUUACGAACUCUUUUUACAGGCAGGACCACUAGAAAAAGUCAGAAUUGCAAGGGACAGAGAUGGUCGACAGAAGAAUUUUGCAUUCAUAACGUUUAAUCACGAAGUGUCUGUGCCAUACGCGAUAAGCUUGUUCCGUGGUACUGCACUGUUUAAUAGAACUCUGCUCCUCCAAAGCAGAGGUAGGAUGCCGCUAUUGCCGCCGCCAAUACGAUGUUACGGAAUUGAAAUGCCACUGGAGAUACAAGGCCCUGUUGUACAACAAUUCUCUGAAAUGACAGAAAAACUUAUGGAUGAUAGUCAGAAGCCUAAUCGACAACCGCUACAGCGGCAUGACUCUAAUGACAAGCUAGUUAUGGCUAGUCUACAAGGCAAUUGGAUGAACAGACACCAUCCAUACAGACCUAAAGAAAAGCAUGGGCGUGAUGACUACAGGAAUAGAGAAAGGGACAAUCGUAACAAACACCAAAGUAGCUGGAGAGAUAGAAGAAAUCAAAGGAACUAUAGAUGAGAUUAAGUUUUAAAUAAGAACUCUAGUUAGUGUUAAUUUUAAAACUAAAUUGAAGAUAAACUGUAGAGUUCUCGAAAACAUUUCAUUGUGCAUAAAAUGGACACUGUUGUAACGUAAUAAUAUGUGAAUAUGUACCCAUAUUGAGAAUUCUAAUAUUAAAAUAAAUGACUUAUCAACAUAAUAAUGCUGGUAAAUUGAAUUUAUACAAACAAACAAACAAACAAAAAUACUUUAUUGUGCACCAAUAAAUAAAAAAAAAUACAAGAGUAAAUAUAUAAAAUAAAUAGACACAAUUUAUACAAUUUAUAGGGGUAAACUCAAGUACUUUUUACAUGCAUUUUUACUAAUAGGAUAAUAGAUAUAUUUUAAACAUUUUAUUACACAUUUCAUUGUAACAAAAAAAUCUAUACCAAUAUUAUACUGCUGGAGACAUGUUUGCUUGGAUGCGCUAAUCGCAGGAACCACUGACCCGAAUUAAAAAAAAAACACUGAUGUACAUUUAUCGAGGAAGGCAUUUACAUUUUUUUUUGUACAUGUGAUGUAAUGUGAGUAAAGUCGCACCUAGUACUUAACAAAGAAGUUAAGAAGGCAGAAUUAAAGGAAAGACCGUUAUCCUGCUGUAAUAAUGUAGAUAAAAACAAUAAAUUUUGUUUUUAAAUAAUAA